AUGGUCGGGUGUGACAGGCGUGACAGGUGUUCCUCCAUGUUCUCCCUAACGCGCUCAACACUACACUGUUGUCCCCGACGCGUCUUGGCCGCAUCUUGGAGGUCUAUUCAUACUAGCGACGGCCCUUUAUUGACUCCAAAUUCAUUGGCAAUUGUCAGAUCAAAAGUGAAAGCAGUCCAAAAGCCUGUUCGGACUCACCGGCGAACCUAUGCUCAGUUCUCGGAACGAAACACCAUAGGGGCUUUCACGCCGACCGCAGCUGCUUUGUUCGUUUUGACUGGGAUUGGAUUAGCUGUCUAUCUUCGAAAUGAGAAACAGAGGUUAGAGGAAGAACGAGAGAAAGAACGAGCUUUGAAAUCGUAUGGCCGCCCCCACAUCGGUGGCCCAUUCUCUCUGACGACCCACGAUGGCAAACCAUUUACGCAGGAAGGUCUUCUGGGGAAAUGGUCUCUCGUGUACUUUGGUUUUACGAACUGUCCCGAUAUCUGCCCUGCAGAACUAGAUAAAAUAACUGCUGUUAUGAACAACAUCCAGAAAGAACAUGGAGACAUAUUCCUACCCGUCUUCAUCUCCGUUGACCCAGCGCGCGACUCUCCAUCACGUAUUGCUCAAUAUCUCAGAGAUUUCCAUCCGUCCUUCCUUGGUCUCGUGGGAGCUUACGACACCACCAAGGCUGUUUGUAAAGCCUACCGCGUCUAUUUCUCCACACCUCCCAACGCUGAUCCGAACGGAGACUAUCUUGUCGACCACUCGAUCUUCGUGUAUCUCAUGGACCCAAAGGGUCAGUUCGUCGAGGCCUUUGGCCAGCAAGUCACUGCGGAAGAAGUAGAAGUAAAGAUCAAUGAGUCCAUUGCACAGUGGCAAAAAGAAACGGGCAGGAAGGUGUAG